AUGUGUACAUACGAAAGUAUACGUUGAAGAGUUGCGGUGUAUGUUUGCCUCUAGAUUGAAAUGUAUCUGUCAAAUUUGAUGGCAAAACAUUUCACUGAAGACAAUGUUUUACUUAUUAAUUAUUUGGUGCGGAAAAAGGGUGGCGAUGGAAGAAUUGCUCAAUGUUGAGGAGUUACCUACAAGUGAAGAAGACAAUGGGUACAAGUGGAAUAUAAACAACAAGUACUACACUGCACAAGUACAACUGUAUGCCUUGCCAGAUGCCACCUCUCCAGUUUGUAGGCAAUACCCUGAUUCAGUACAAGCUGUUAUUCUCUAUUUUGAUGCCAAUGAGAUUGAAAUAGGAGGAAAAGCCAUAAUUCAUAGGUUAUCCACAAACUGGUGGCAUGACUUGAAUACCUGCAACAAAGUGAACUUUACUAAAGAAACUUGUAAAGUGCAAAGUGGUUAUGUUUAACCAGGUAACAGGUUAUGCCUACCACCCAAGAAUGGAUACAGUCACCUUUCUGUACAGUUCACCUUUCCCCUAACUAUGGCAGGAGACACUGAGUUGCCUGAGUUGCUGUUUAUUGAAAUCAAGCCCAAAACCAUAUGAUUGCAAAGGGACUUUUAUAACCGUGUGCCUGAGCCAUUACAAAUGUGUAACCUUGAGCCAGUUUUUAAAAAAAAAUCAUUGUUUUUAUUAUCUGAAUUUGAGAGUAAAGUAAAAUGGAAUGAUAAAAAUGUGUUUACAGUUCAUUUAACAAUAUUAUUGUAAAGAAAUGUGAAUAA